AUGUCUGGGCCAUCGCGCACACCGCGAGAGCCCUCCUCCAGGGCACUCACAGCCCUCAUCCAGUCCACCAAUCCCGCGACGCGACCCUCGCGUUCAGAUGAUCCGCGCACCGCAAAGGACAAGGAGGAGAUGACAGAGGAUCUCAUAGACCUCGCCAAACAGACGCUAUCACAGAGACUCAAUGACUCGCCUCACCAGCCCGCCGAGCUGCCUGCCAUUCUGUCCCUCCUCUCACAGCUCUCCUUCACCGGCCCAGCCCCAGCUUCAUCAUCCUCUCAUACUAGCGACGCUCGCCGUUCGCCAGCGCCAAGCAGCGUAUCUAGCAACCGCCCCGGGACGGAGCCAGUAGCUCAGCCAGCUCCAGAGCAGCGGACAUCAGUCGUCCUUCAGCGUUGGAGAGCAGCCUGCGAAACGACCAUCGUCCCUGAGCAGGAGCUUCUACGAGACGUCAUCUUCAUUUUGCAAGGCAUCAACGGGAAGUUUGUGAGAUUCGAAGAGGUCAAGCCGACGGUGGUGCAUGACCCGGGAGUCAUUCAGAGCAACCCUGGGCCAGCCGGUGAUCCGCUUGUAAAAGUCAAGAUUGUAGAAGAACAGUCGACAGGUCGCAUACCUCUCCCUACCCGCCACCUGAUUCACAGAUUGGCCGAAGCUGGCAAGCACUACCAGCGCAUUACAUCAUUCAUUCGAGCGCAGACGCUGAUUGAGGGAUCAGGCCGCAUCAUGCAAUCCUUGUGCCACUUCAUCGAUCGGGAGCUGUCUGAAUACUACGCCCUCAUCUGCGGCCUUGAAGCUCAGCUCAACGAAGGUCCAGCGGAUGAUAGUGCAGGCAAGGGUCUGACGCUCAAGAAGGUCGCUGUUGAGACAGAAGAGGCUCUGCUCAGGAUGAGAUUGAUGUCCGCUCUGGUGGAAGGGGCUCAACAUGCCCAUGGCGGUUCGCUGGUCAGCUUGAUCCACAAUUAUACCUUCAAUGGUGACCCCUUCAUUCGGAACUUCACAGAGAGGCUGCUCGAAGAAGUUUCUCGCUCAUUCUUCAUCUCACUUUCACGCUGGAUUUACGAAGGCGAGCUGCAAGACCCAUUCAAGGAGUUCUUUGUCGAGCUCAACCCCGAGCAACGGCAGAACAACAAUGCGAACCUGCUGUACUCGAAUGGUGAUGAUGCUGAAGAGGUUGAUGCCGCCGCUCUUUGGGAGGCCAAAUUCCUCUUCAGGGCCGAGCUGGUACCGACCUUCCUUGCCGAGAGCUUUGCUCGAAAGAUCUUCUCGGCUGGAAAGAGUCUCAACUUCAUCCGCUACAGCUGCGGAGAUUCUGACUGGAAAGAUACGAGGCAGCUCAUCGAGGCGCAGACGAAGCCGACCCUACGUUAUGCCGACCUGGUGGGGUUGGAGAGGACCAUCGAUACAGUUCAUGCUACAGUCUCGAAGCGUCUGCUGGACAUCUUCCUGGACAAGUUCAAGUUGCAAGAGCACCUCCGUGCGAUCAAUGACUACCUCCUCUUGACCAAGGGGGACUUCGCGGACCUGCUCCUGGAAGCUCUCAGCCCGAUCCUGUACAAGCAGGCAUCUCUGCUCUAUCGUCACUCCCUGACAGCAGCGCUUGAGACUGCCAUUCGAGGAUCAAACGCCCAGUAUGACGAUGCAGAUAUCCUGCGUCGCCUCGAUGCUCGAGUGCUGGAAUUCUCAGGGACUGAGACGGGCUGGGAGACCUUCAUGCUCGAGUACAGGGUGGAUUCGCCUGUCAACACAGUGCUAGACGCAACGGCCAUGUCCGAGUACCAGCAGAUCUUUGCGCACCUCUGGAAGAUGAAGAGGGUAGAGCUGUGCCUGAAUGCCAGCUUUGCAAAGAUGAUCAGCGCCACCAAUAGUCUUCUGAGGAUCAGGAAGAAGGACAGGGACGACGAGGUCAAUGCUCUGCACGGAGAGGCUCAUCGUGGGUUGGGCUUGCUAGCCGAGAUGAUCCACUUUAUGCGGCAGCUACAGGGCUACAACCAGCUCGAAGUCAUCGAGUACUCCUGGCAGGACCUACAGUCCUUCUUUGAGAAGCGUUCGGGAGACCUAGACGUGCUGAUCGCAGCGCACAGAGGCUACCUGAGCAGUCUACACGGCAAGAUUCUUCUGCGCGGGGGGAAGAGGGGAGCAGUUGACUAUCUAGCUUCGGAGCUCAGGGCGAACUUCAAUACGAUCAUUGCCUUUACGCAGGCUUCGGACGAGCUCGCCACAUUCAUCAGCGAUGAGCUGGCACGAAGACACCUGGGCGAUAUGGAGACGGAGGACACGAGGCUAAAGGGAAUCUUGCGAAAGUGUGAGGAUUUGAAGAAUAGCUUUAGAGAUAGGACAGACAAUGUUAUUUCUCGACUAGAAAGGCAUGGCAAUUUGGUGAUCCGCGAUCUGAGCAUUCGCCUGGACUACAAUGGCUACUAUAGUCGUACCCGGCCAGACAAGACUCGAGAUCCAUCUUCGAUGAAGUGA